AUGUGUCUCAAUUGCCUGAACACCAAUCAUCAAGUCAACGAUUGUCGAUCAAAGAAAUUUUGUCGUGUGUGCAAAGCUAAACAUCACUCAAGUCUUCAUGGAGCAAAAUCCUUACUGGUUAUCUCAAAUUUCACCAUUUCGUCAAGCGCCAAGCAAACUCAAGAACCAACAUCAGUUCUAUCAGCCAGUACGUUGGUGGUACCCACUGAGUACAGCGUUUUAAAAACAGCCAUCACGUCAGUGUUAACCCCCAAAGGAAAUAGCAAAACAAACAUCAUAGUCGACGAAGGAUCUCAAAGGUCACUGAUGACACGAAAAUUAGCGAGAAGAGUAAAAAUCAAGAGCUCCAGUCAGGAAUUUCUGUUGCUGUCUGGCUCUACUGGACUUUCAAAUAAACCAAGUGUCUAUGAAGUAGUUGAAUUUACAUUGAUGGACAAAAAAGACAAGCCCAUCUAUAUCAAAGCUAUCGUCGUUGACCAAGUGGCAAAACCCUUAGAAGACAAACACAGUGAACGAAUCAACUCUCUUCCACAUCUAAAAAAACUGGAUCUCGCUCAUCCAACUAUCAAGAAUGACAUUUUCAACAUCGAAUUACUGAUUGGUGCAGAUUUUUAUUGGUCCAUUGUCGAAGACGAGAAGCCCAUUCGGGGUGACGGACCAAUUGCUGUACGGUCAAGAAUCGGAUAUCUUGUUUCCGGACCAUUACCAGGAACGGCCCACGAAAGUCCGAACCCAGUGAUUUCUCUUCACGUAACUGCCAUAGAAGAACUCGACGUCUCCUGUUUCUGGAGUCUAGAAUCUCUUGGAAUUCAUCCGCAAAAGGAAAAUAGUGAAGAAGCGGCGGAGUACGCAAGAGAAAACAUCAAGUAUCAAGACGGAAAAUACGUCGCAAAAUUUCCCUGGAAAAAGGAACAUCCAGAUCUCCCUCCAAACUUCAAGAUGGUCCAGAACAUGACACGGGCAAUUGUUAGGCGUCUAACAAAAGACCCAGCUCUAUUUCAGUUUUUUGGCAAACUUAUUGAAGACCAGUUAGAAAACCAAUUCAUUGAAAAGGUUCCAGAGUCCGAAACGACUAAGCCAUGCCACUACAUUCCUUUUCACUAUGUCAAGAAAAAUUCCGUUACUACGCCGAUUAGAAUUGUAUACAAUUGUUCGUGUCGAGCUCGAAACGGAGUUAGUUUUAAUGACUGUGUUCAAACGGGAGCUAUUCUACAAAAUGAUCAAGUCGGUAUCAUGCUUCGUUUUCGCUCACAUCAAAUCGGAUUAGUGGCUGAUGUGGAAAAGGCGUUUCACCACAUAGGCUUGGAUGAAAAUGACAGAGAUUUUCUACGGUGGUUUUGGCUUAAGGACCCCAGUGACCCAGAGUCUGAACUCAUCGCCUACCGUUUCAAAGUAAUACCUUUCGGAGCCAAGUCGUCACCCUUUAUUCUCAACUCCACCGUGAUUCAUCAUCUAAAACAAGAGUCAUCAGCAGUCGCCAGAAAUAUGCAAAACAACAUUUUCGUUGACAAUAUAGUAUCCGGCUGCAAGACACAAGAAGAGGCGAUAGAAUACUAUAGCUCUGCAAACACGAUCAUGAAACGAGCUGGUCUGCCAUUACAAGCAUGGGGAUUUAGCGAUCCAGUCGUAGAAGAAAAAAUCAAGAAAGAUGGGCGUCUGGAUCAAAGCUCUAUUUCAAAAACUCUAGGCUUCAUUUGGGAUCGUUCUAACGACAGGUUAAGCAUCCAACCAGUCAAUAUGUUGUCAUUUUGUUCAGUCUCGGCCACACACAAAGAUAUUCUUCGCGGAACACAUUCUCUUUAUGACCCACUCGGGUUCUACAGCCCCUUAAGUGUUAAAGGCAAGAUUCUACUUCAAGAUUUAAAUCGCGAAAAGGUUCCACUUGAGCAAAAACUUUCGGAUCAACAACUCGAUCGAUGGCGAAUGAUUGCAGCUGAUAUCUCAAGUGCUGUGGAUCAACGCAUUAUGUCCGUCUCUCGACCAUUCUUUCCCUUUCAUCUUGACCGUUGUGAGCUGCACAUAUUUGGUGACGCUAGUAGGCGUGCGUAUGGAGCUGUGGCCUAUCUAGUGCAAAAUAACCAAGUUUCGUUCGUCAUGGCGAAGUCUAAAAUCAACCCGAAGAAAGAAGAGAGUAUAGAAGGUGAGAGAGAACUAUCCAUUCCAGAAGCGGAACUCAUGGCAGCGUACAUUGGAACCUUAGUCGCUGAAACUAUCGUCGCCGCCCUGGAGCCCCUCGGCAUUCGUAUUCAAGUUUUCUUUUGGAGUGACAGUCAGAUCGUUCUUUUUUGGAUAUCAAAGCCGGAAAACCAUCCACGUUCUUUCAUUACAAACCGGGUCAAGAAAAUACGAGAGUCAACACGAUUGAAAGCAGCCACCUGGAAGUACGUGACUACUGAUCAGAAUCCAGCUGACAUACUCUCCCGUGGUGCUUCAUUAAAAGAGUUCAAAGCCUCAGACAUUUGGAAAAAGGGACCAAUUUGGUUAACGGAUCGGAAAAAUUGGCCAGUAUGGUCGGUUACCUACUUUAAGUCUUGUCAAACUCUACACAUGGCGCAAGCUAAGCCUGUAACACGACAAAAUGACAUUCUAUCAGUGAUUGACCCGUCCAAGUAUAAAUGGUCUAUCCUCUUGCGAGUGACGGCGUUAAUUCAACGUUUGUAUAAAAACCUCAAACUAAAAGAUCAUUCGAGACUGUCAUGGAAUCGCGAACCUCUUACUUCACUAGAACUAGCAGACGCGGAAAAGAUAUGGUUUCGCGUAUUUCAACGUAUGCACCUACCUGAAGAGUUACGCUACUUACAAUCGAAGAAAAGAUGUUGGCGCCCAGCUCUUGUGUCUCAACUGGACCUCUUUCUCGAUCCACAAGGAGUGAUACGAUGCGGAGGACGUUACGCCAACGCCAACAUGACUGAAGCAGCCAAACAUCCACUACUUAUCCCCAAAAACUCCCAACUAGCCAAGUUGAUCAUCACAUCAGUCCACGAAAGGAUCUUUCAUCUUAGAAUCGACCAAACUAUUACUCACCUACAACAACGCUAUUGGAUCCCAGCCUACCGACAACAAGUAGCAGCAGUCGUUCACAAUUGUGUGAAAUGUCGACGUGUAUCCGGACCAGCCUAUAGUUUACCUGAUCCCGCUCCAUUACCUACCGCCCGAGUUCAAGAUUCAUAUCCUUUCUCAACCAUGGGACUGGAUUACACAGGAGUUAUCAACAUCCGAAUCAAAGGAACAAAGGAGGUAGCUCAAGCAUACAUCCUUUUGAUGACAUGUGGUUUUUCGAGAGCUCUACAUCUUGAAGUAGUACAAGACAUGUCGACCGAAUCAUUUCUAAAAGCCUUUCGUCGCUAUACUGGCCACCAUCGACUUCCGCGCCUUAUCAUUUCAGAUAACGCGUCAACUUUCAUCACUGCAAGUGGCUACCUAACCAAACUCUUUAACGACCAUCAAGUAACAAGAUUUCUGAGCGACCGCAACAUUCAGUGGAAAUUUAUUCCAAAGAGAGCCCCGUGGUACGGAGGCUUUUGGGAAAGGUUGGUUGCAAUGCCAAAAAAUGUACUGACUAAAAUGGUGGGCCUAAACAAGCUAACACUAGAAGAACUUCAGACGGUAGUUUGA